CAAACCUCCCCGUGAGGAUUCCAAGCCUCAUUCUCAAGCACCUCUUCAUCAUGGAUGCUCCACAUUCUUUUCGGAUUGAACCAGCUGCCUUUUGACCCUGCCAACAACAACGAACCCCUGCAGUUUGCUAGUGCCAGUGGCCCUCUGGUCACAGAAGGCCUCAUUGAGAAUGGAGGGGAGUCAAGCAAGAAAAGAAAGAGAACAAAUGCUCCUUCAGGUGAUAAUAAUAGAACUGUGAACAUGGAUUCCACUGCAAUGACACUACCUAUGUCUGAUCCAACUGCAUGGGCCACAGCAAUGAAUAACCUCGGAAUGGCACCACUGGGAAUUGCUGGACAACCAAUUUUACCUGACUUUGAUCCUGCUCUUGGAAUCAUGACCGGAAUUCCACCAAUAACUCCAAUGAUGCCUGGCUUGGGAAUAGUACCUCCUCCAAUUCCACCAGAUAUGCCAGUAGUAAAAGAGAUCAUACACUGUAAAAGCUGCACACUUUUCCCUCCGAAUCCAAAUCUUCCACCUCCUGCAACCCGAGAACGACCACCAGGAUGCAAAACAGUAUUUGUGGGUGGCCUGCCUGAAAAUGGGACAGAGCAGAUCAUCGUGGAAGUGUUUGAACAGUGUGGAGAGAUCAUUGCUAUUCGGAAGAGCAAAAAGAAUUUUUGUCACAUUCGCUUUGCUGAGGAGUACAUGGUGGACAAAGCCCUUUAUCUUUCUGGUUACCGCAUUCGCCUGGGCUCUAGCACUGACAAGAAGGACACAGGCCGCCUCCACGUUGAUUUUGCACAAGCUCGAGAUGACCUGUAUGAGUGGGAAUGCAAACAGCGUAUGCUAGCAAGGGAGGAGCGCCACCGUAGAAGGAUGGAAGAAGAACGAUUGCGCCCACCAUCCCCACCCCCAGUGGUCCACUAUUCAGAUCAUGAAUGCAGCAUUGUUGCUGAAAAACUUAAAGAUGAAUCCAAAUUCUCAGAAGCCGUGCAGACCUUGCUCACUUGGAUUGAGCGAGGAGAGGUGAACCGUCGCAGUGCCAACAACUUUUACUCCAUGAUUCAGUCAGCCAACAGCCACAUCCGUCGCCUGGUGAAUGAGAAAGUUGCCCAUGAGAAAGACAUGGAAGAAGCAAAGGAGAAGUUCAAGCAGGCCCUUUCUGGAAUUCUCAUUCAGUUUGAGCAGAUAGUUGCUGUGUACCAUUCUGCCUCCAAACAAAAGGCAUGGGACCACUUCACAAAAGCCCAGCGUAAAAACAUCAGCGUCUGGUGCAAACAAGCUGAGGAAAUCCGCAACAUACAUAAUGAUGAAUUAAUGGGAAUCAGGAGAGAAGAAGAAAUGGAGAUGUCUGAUGAUGAAAUAGAAGAAAAAACAGAAACAAAAGAAACUGAGGAAUCAGCCUUAGUAUCACAGGCAGAAGCUCUGAAGGAAGAAAAUGACAGCCUCCGUUGGCAGCUCGAUGCUUAUCGGAAUGAAGUAGAACUGCUUAAGCAAGAGCAAGGCAAAACCCACAAAGAAGAUGACCCAAACAAAGAACAACAGUUGAAACUCCUGCAACAAGCCCUGCAAGGAAUGCAACAGCAUCUACUCAAAGUCCAAGAGGAAUACAAAAGGAAAGAUGCUGAACUUGAAAAAAUCAAAGAUGAAAAGUUACAGGUGGAAAAAAUGUUGGAAAAUCUUAAAGAAAAGGAAAACUGUGCUUCUAGACUGUGUGCAUCGAGCCAGGAUAGUGACUACCCUAUUGAGAAGACCCUGAACAGCAGUCCUAUCAAAUCUGAACGUGAAGCACUGCUAGUGGGGAUUAUCUCCACAUUCCUUCAUGUUCACCCAUUUGGAGCAAGCAUUGAAUACAUCUGUUCCUACUUGCACCGUCUAGAUAAUAAGAUCUGCACCAGUGAUGUGGAAUGUCUCAUGAGCAGACUUCAGCAUACCUUCAAGCAAGAAAUGACUGGAGUUGGAGCCAGUUUAGAGAAGAGAUGGAAAUUCUGUGGCUUUGAGGGCUUGAAACUGACCUGAAUUCAUCUACCUAACAAUCUGGGAUCCUGAAAAUAAAUUUACCAAGAUGUUGGAAGAAGAUGCUAAACUUGCUGCCUUGACAACUAGAAAUAGGGUUCCAUGACAGCCCAUUCAUGCUGAAGCUGGCUUCCCUCUUAAGCACCCAGCUGUUGCACCAGCAGAAAACUAGGUUUAUUUUUACACUAGCUUCCUCACUGAAGCAUCUCUGUCAUCAAUACUACAGAAGGCUUUUAUCCAUCUGUCUAAAGGGUCCUGGAAUGUAUUAUUUUAACAAUAUCUAUGAACUCAAGGGAAAUUUGCCACUUAUCAAUUAUUUUAUUUUUAUACAUGAUUAAAAGUUAUUUAUAACUUUA